GAAAAUUAUACCGUCGACUUACCAUCGACCAAGAACAUUCAACACGCUGAAGCCCGCCCAUUCCAAUUGAACAAUUUGAAGGACGCAGGGAAACUAGCUUGAUACGUAGUACUUAGGUGGCGCGUCAGUGUUCGGAAUCUGCGUUCAACCUCUUGGACGACGAGAGGUUCUCCAUGACGACGCUUUCUGUUCACCUGGGUGUCACCUCUAGAAGCGCAAGCGCCCUCGUGGAGCAGUGUCGCACACAAAUCGACAAAGACACGGCUGCAUUACUCGAGUCUGUGCGCGUCCUUCGCUCUCGCAGGAAUGAUCUCGCCCGUAUAUCUUGCCUUCCACCCGAGAUUCUCGCGACUGUCUUCAAAUACAUCGCAGACGAGGAGGUUCUCAAGAGUUAUCCCGGGCACACUCCUGAGAACACUCCCCGUUAUUGUGCGCCUGCGUGUCUGAUAGUCACACACGUCUGCAGGCACUGGCGCCAAGUCGCCCUCGACUUCCCAGCUCUUUGGGCAUCUAUCAAUUGUGCCUCUGCUCGGUGGCUACCAAUGAUGCUCGAGAGGUCGAAAAAUGAUGCUUUGGUUGUCACAUACAGUGCACAGGCCUUACAACCUUGUUUGGAGCAAGUGCUUUCACAGUUACCCCGAAUCAAAGUCCUCCAGUUGUGCUUAUUUUCAUAUUCGGAGGUCGAUGUCGUUCUGGACUGUUUAUCAUCGCAGCCCGCACCAUUGCUUCAAACAUUCAGACUCUCGCACUGCGCGGGGCUCCAUCACUCAGCGAAGCCCUGGCCCAUAUCAGACACAAUCUUCCAAGGACGAGUACCCCGACUUCGGAGCGUCGAGCUUGUGUAUUGUCCUUUCAACUGGACAUCUUGUAUUUUCAGCGGGCUUCGGACACUCGAUGUGAGAGACACAGGCUUUGUCUUUACUUCCUCAGAGCUCCUAUCAGCUCUGAGACGUAUGCCUGACUUGGAGCAGCUUUCGCUCCGGCGACUGCUGAUAUUUCCCGAGGAAACCCAGCUCUUAGGCAAAUUCCCACUCUCUCAGUUGAAACAUAUAGCGCUAGAUUACAUCCUUCCCCUCACAUCCGUCGUAACUCUCUUCGCACAUCUGGCCCUUCCCAUUGAUGUCACCGUCGCUCUAAACCUCGCAGGAACCGUCCAAGGUCCUCAAAGCUUUUCUGAACUACUUUCGGCCAUGGAUAAAGAUCCUAACGAAUUUGGUUCCAUCAUUCGGUCUCUGCGCACCAGCGUUUUAUACGGUGAAUUGGGUAUCCAAUUCAGCACAUCAAUGACGUUUAGAUCUAAUCAUUCCUGGAACCCUCGUGAUGACAAUAUAUAUGACGAUGAUAUACGACUCUCGAUCCAAUUCGAAUCUGGAGAGUUACAGCCAGGCGUUGUAUUUGACGCAAGUCGGAUCAUCGCGCAGCACAAAAUCCAAAACUUGUUUGUCUCAUCGCUCCUUACCAGUGAUCUCCCAGAAAAUUUCUGGCGCGCUGGGUCCGUUAACCUCCCGGAGCUCAAAGUUAUUCAUCUGACCGGGCCCUCGGUUGGAGGUUUAAUUGCUACGCUUUGCAUUGAAGGUGCACAGACCUCAGAUAUAAUGUAUCCCUCGCUCCAUGCCAUAGAGCUCGAGAAUAUUGACUUCGAAUUUGAGGAACCUGAAAAACUUUGGGACAUCAUCACAAUGCGGGCUAAACACGGUGCCUGUAUACGCAGACUCCGAUUCGCGAUGUGCAUGAACUUGAUGGCCAAGCAGGUGCAACUCCUGGAGGAAGUGGUUGCAGAUGUUGAUUGGGAUGGGCAUGAAGAGUCAACAGAGUCGUCGAAGCGUGACAGCUACACUUGCACCUGGAACCAAUAUCCUGAUUCUGAUGAGGACUCGGAGGACUAGUAUCAUGUAUUCCGAUUGUUUUGACUUAGCUCCGGACUCGUCUGUCAUCGCCCUCGAUACCAUUAACCUGAAUUUGGAACACUUGUUGCGAGGAUCAUAGAUGCACUCUGGAGUCUGGCAAUGGACACCUGUAUCAAAACCCAAAAGAUAACGACACGUGUUCGCCUCGACCCUUGUCUCACCAGUCCCUGUAGGAUUGAUGCAUCAUAUCUGCUAGUUAGGGGACAAAGCUAAU